AUGGUAAAUUCUCGUUUCAUAUUAGAGUUCAAUUCAACUGAUACGGAGAACAACCCAUUACAAGAACAUCAUAAUGACUCUAUCCUAAUAACAAAACGACAAACCAUAGAGGAAAUUGACAGACACCUCUGCAUUGCUUAUGAAGAAGACAUAUCUGAAGUUGGAUUGGAUGACGAAAAACACAACCCUAUUGGACAUAACCUUGGGAUUCCACAUGAGCAGAGCGAGAUAGUAACUCCUAACCAGACACCUGAGCAGCUACAAUGGCAACCGCCAAACAUUGAACAAGUUGUAAACAAUGACCUUCCUCAGCAUCCAACUUCAAUGAAUGUUACCAGUAAUGAUGGUGGAUGCAACGGUGUGCUCAUGAUAGCAGUAGCAAAGGAUGGCAACAACAGCAUAUUUCCUCUCGCAUUUGGUAUUGCAGACUCUGAAAAUAAUGAAUCCUACAGGUGGUUCUUCAGACACGUGAAAAAGGUGUUUGGCACGCGCAAAGACCUAUCAAUUCAUUCUGAUCGCCAAGCAUCAAUUGCAACUGCAAUCAAAGAACUGUAUCCAGAUACCCAGCAUGGAAUAUGCAUCUACUAUAUGGAGAAGAACUUGCAGAAAUAUUUCCCAUCCGAAGCGAUCCUAUCACUAUUCUACAAUGCAGCAACUACCUACAAACAGGCAGAGUUUCGGACCUAUAUGUCACAGAUUCAACAAAUCGACCCAAAAGCUGCAGAAUACAUAGAAGAAGAACCACCAGAAAGAUGGGCACGUUCAUUCCACACCAACAGGCGUUACAACAUGCUCACAACAAACAAUGUAGAGACAACGAAUUUUGUAUUGAGGAAAGCAAUGGAGUUGCCAAUAAUGGCAUAUAUUGAUUACAUCCAAAACAAGUCGCAAAAUUGGUUUUACCAGAGAAGAUUGGAUGCAACAGAAUUGUCCCAUGACCUGACAUGUUGGGCUGAAAAGAUUCUGCUUGAAAAGAUAAGUAGAGGCUUCACAAUGAAAGUAGAAAACACAACUCCCGUCAAAUUUGUUGUGAAAGAUGAAGGAUAUCAAUACAAUAUAGACCUAAAGAAUAUGACUUGUGAAUGCUUGGAGUUCCAAACUGACGAGUUACCGUGCACACAUGCCAUGGCAGUUAUAGACAAAAGAAGUUUGCCAAAAUCUACAUAUUGUGCGGACUGGUUCAAGAAACAAGCCUGGCAAGAGACAUACAAAGGUGAAAUACUAUCAGUUGGAAAUGAAGACUCAUGGAUUAUUCCACAAAACAUUAUGGAUAUUAAAAUAACGCCGCCUGAUGUUAAAAUAAGACCUGGAAGAAAACAAACAAAAAGAUAUCGUCCAAGAAGAGAAUCGACAAAGUACACAUACAGAUGUGGUAGAUGCAAGUUCUUUGGACACACUAGGGCAACCUGUAACCACAGUCCAGCUCUCAAUCCAUAUUCAAGAAGAUACAGGAAAAGGAAAUUGUCAUCGUAA